AUGAAUCGGCAGUCCAUUGUUUUAGCUCCUGUUUGUUUCUCGUAUUUUCUUGUCAUUAUUCUUCUAUCUCAAUCAACUAGACCUGUUCAAUCUAUUGCUUUAAGUAGUCUUUGUGGACAUUUUGGUCAUUCAUGUUUUGGAGGUAAUUGGGGUAAACGUGAGUUAUUAGCAUCUUCAUUAGCACCGGAUAUUAUUCAAGAGAGUACUGAUACAAAUGAUGAUCGUACAGAGAUACCAACGGCAUAUUAUAAAGAAUCAAUGAAUGAUUUUCUUUUAGAACAACUACGAUCGAAGUUAAUUCGACAACGAUUACGUCAAUUACUUGAAUUAGAAUAA